CGCGCACCGCGACGUUGUCGCGUAGAGAGCUGCGCUAGGGUCAAGAGGGAGUCUCGAUCGGGCAAGUAAGACGUCAAGAGCUUUACCUACCUACCACAAUUAGAUACCUUGCUUCAACCUUGACUGCUCAAACUCGGCCAUCACCACCCCGCCUGCCGGACCACACGCUCUCUUUCUCUGUGUUCAAAGACGUUUCUGUCUGUCGUCUGUUUCUUUUAUACUAUUAGGUAGCCAUUGAGUCUAAAGCCGAAUCGUCAUCGUCACCACCACCACCACCCCCAGCGUCAUGGUCUAUCACGGCGGCAUGGCCAGUCCGCCACCGAGCGAUGGCCUCGUUCCGGCAUCGUCUCCCACCCUCCCUUCCUCCCCGCCGUCACGGAUGUCUCGAAAGGAAAAGAAGAAGUCUAUCCUGACUCCCCGGAAGUUUCGUCGUUUCUUCACCCCUCGCGGGAUGCCCUCACAGAUAUCUCGGGAAAGACCAGCCCUUGGCGAGCUACGCAGUCCGGCACUCAACGUUCAACCGACACCUCCACGAUCCAGCCCCCGCUUCAACGAACCGAUAUCACCUACUUCGAAUCACAGCAGCAGUGCGCUUUCUCCUUUUGGUAGCGAAGAUGGCCCGAGGAAGCGGAAGCGGAGCGUCGUCAACGCUAUACCCAUGAAGUUGCCACAGUCAAGCCGCAGCUCAGACACGAAGCGUUCAAGGACCCAGCCUGAGGAUCUGGAGGAAGACUAUCCUCUCGGCCGAAGUCCUAUCGCGAGAUCACCGCUGCACCAAAAUGAGAAUGCUCGUUCCGAGGACCAUCCCAUGGGUUCUCCUGAGAUACUCUCCCCCUCGGCUAGUCGAACGGCAGCUUUGGGCAGAACGUACUCGACAGGACCUCAAGUAACGCCAGACGAGUUUGCACGGAGGCUUAGCUCCUUGACUGCUAGCAACUUUGCGACCUCGGGGUAUGAGGGUCUUCGGCCUAGGUCUACGCUGAUUGACUACUUCAAGUGCAACCGGGCAGGGAUUCCCGCUUCUAGCAGAGGAAAGGCUGUUAGAAAUCUCACCAAGCUUUCCCUGCCAACAAAGGAUGAGCCUAUUGUUCCGGAGUACCGGCCACAACCCGUAAUUAAGCUCCGCAACCGUGGCUUUGGUGCUCAACUGCUGCUCCGGGAGCAGGGUAGCACACCCCGCCCCGGGCGUGAGCAUCUCGAGUAUCCUGCGUUUGAUUCGAGGGCAAAUACGGCAUCCUUCUGGAGCCGAAGCACUGACGUCCACAUGUGCAACGCGCAUCUGACGCAAGCGAAUACCAUUCCCUUUAGUUUAGCAAGUUGUCACAAUGCCCUAAUGACGGCGAUUGGUGACGAAGAGGGAUUCAUCCGCUUCUUCGACACUACCACAACCCCUUUGGGAGCGGCACCCCGUACAAAGGUUGAUAUUGUCAUCCAGGCCCACGAGAAUGCCAUUAUGGACCUCGCUUUUUCGAACGACGAUCUUCGCUUGGCAAGUGCAUGCGGUGACCGCUCCGGUAAAAUCUUCGAUGUCAUGUCGCAGACGGUUGCUGUGGAAUUGAAUGGUGGUCACUUCCAAUCGAUGCGCCGUGUCGAAUUUCAACCUGGCCAGGCCAAUGGAAACGUCGUGGCCACGUCGGACCGCGACGGAAAGAUUCAGAUCUGGGAUCUGCGAUGUUCCAUGGCCCCGGCUGCUGCCUUCUCCACUCGCGGCCCGGAAGGUAUCGUGCACCGCGAUAGAGACCGCAACCCCCUAUGGGCCCGAACGACCAACACCCUUGACAAUGCUCAUGAUCGUACAAUCCAUGGAGUUACAUCACCGGCAUCCGUCACGGCGCUGCAGUACAUGCCGGAGGGUCGUGAGCACUUGCUUCUCUCCGCCUCGGAAGCAAAUGCCUGUAUCAAGCUGUGGGAUACGCGAUACAUUACCCCGCGCAACAAAGAGGCCGUCCCCCUAGCGGUGACCGCCGAACCGGCAACCCAUCGCUGGCGGCCCUAUGGUCUUACGUCCCUCGCCUUGAGCAGUGACGCAGCCCGCCUGUACGCAGUGUGCAAGGACAGUACCGUCUACGCGUACUCGACCUCGCACCUCAUGCUUGGCCAUGCCCCUGAACUUUCCGUUCGGCCUCCGCGUCAAAGGGCUGGUUCUGCUGUCCAGGGUUUGGCCCCCUUGUACGGCUUCAAGCACGACCUUUUCCACGUUAAGAGCUUCUACGUGCGCGGAGCUCUCCGCCCUGUAUCGGCUUCCGGCAACGAGCUUCUCGCCGUCGGUAGCACCGAUAAGUGCGCGGUCGUCUUUCCCACCGACGAGCGCGCCAUGCGGGAGUACUGGGACACGCAGAGUCAUCUUCCGGGAACGGAAACCAUGUCCACCUCGUCAAGCGCAACUACAUCCUCGUCCCACGCAAAGUCUGUCAACGCUGGCGGAACCCAGGUGCCCAUCGUUCGCAAUGGCACGCCCCUCAUCCGCGGUCACCGCCGCGAGGUGACGGGUCUCAGCUGGUCCAACGAGGGUAAGCUCGUGACCAUCUCGGACGACUACAUGGUGCGCCACUGGCAAGAGGGCAACGACGACGGCAGCCGUGGUGGUGGCCGCGACGCGUGGGAGCUGCGCACUGGAGGCGAGUUUGGCGGCAACCGCCACAUGGCUGGCUGGGCUGACGUCGCAGACGACUGGGACGAGGACUGCGACUCGCACUCUGAGUGUUGAUCCGAAGAACUCAACAAAAACAAAUCCAAAAGAGAAUAAAGGUGAGAAAAGAAG